AUGCCAUCUGAAUCCCCAACAAGCGCUUGGUUGAAAACCAAUGGCACCAAACCAAAAUCCAGAGUCAAAGCGCAAGGUCCUUCUCCACAGGCUCCAUCGCUUAGCGGAUCUACAGACAUUAUCGCACAAUCAGCCCCGGCCAACGACUUUGAAGUCGAAGUUCAAGCCAUCCAAAUUGUGCUGGAGGGUUUGAAGAGUGUCUUCAUGCCAUCAGACCACUCCAACGAGGUCAUCCUUGAUGCUCUCCAGCAAGUACAACUAGAGCCAAUAUGUUUUUAUAAUGUCCCUUACCACGAGUUUGCAAUGGUGCUGGAUGCAAUCAGCAACAAAGGGGAUUUUCUGUACUGUCUUGCAAACGAGAUCACAUCUGCACUCUCGAGCGCAAUUUGUAGCAUCCAGUACAAGCGAUCUCUAUUGAUGAUCAACAUCAUACCUGGUCGCAUCUCAUCUAACGAAAUAUUCACCAUCCCCGAUCUGCAGAUCACAUUGACCCCCACCACUAAGAAGCCAUCAGCGACUCUAGAGAAUGUUCUAAGAAUUUGGUCUGCGAAAUUUUUGGAUUUUUUGGAAAAGCCGGAAUCCACAUUUUUUCUCCCAGUACUGACUGAACGAAAGUCAUGCCUCCGUCUAAGUCAUGGUGAAAAUUCGUCAGGACGGCAGGCUGAGAUGGGCCAAAGCCCACCCAUUGACAAGAAAAUUAUCGGGAUCGACUGGAUCGACAAUGGGAUACUCAGCUAUGGUUUGAUUCCACCCAUGAACAAUGCCAUGAUCAAGUAG